UCUAAACAACCAUGUAUUUGAAGCCGACUUCAAAAUUAAAUAUUUAAUUUUGAAUAUUCAAUUAUAAAAUUAAAAAAGAUAAUAUUAAAUUUUUUAUUGUAUAAAAAUGUCUGGUAUAUUAGGACAUUCUCAAUUUUUUGGAGAAACUGCAUCUUUAUUUGCUGACGAAAAAACUGUAAAUGCAAGAUCAAAGAUUAUAGAAUGGUUAGAUUCAACUGCAACUGGUACAACACAAGAAAAAUGUGAAGCUCUUGUUAAAAUUCAAGAAACACUGUUAGGGUCAAAUAUUGAGCUUCUUGAUGAAUUUCUCGAAAAUAUAAUUGCAAUGGCACACGAUCCAAUUCAAGAAGUAAGAAAAUCUGUUGUUGGAGUUAUUGAACAAAUAUGUAAAGCAAAAAUUGAAUACACUCCAAGAAUAGUCCGUCCAUUGGCUAUGUUGUUGCGCGACUCUUCACCUCAAGUCAUCAAAAGAGUGAUUCAGGCAAUGGGGUCAAUUUAUAAAAAUUCAUUGAAAUGGAUUUGCACAACAUCAGAUAUAACCGAAAGUAUUGAAGACGCAUGGGCAAUUCUAUGCACUAUGAAGGCUCAAAUAUUGGAUAUGAUUGAUCAUGACAACGAUGGAAUUCGUACAAAUUCAAUAAAAUUUCUUGAAGGAGUUGUAAUUCUUCAAACAUACCCCGAUCAGGACAGUAUGAAAAGAGAGCAGGAUUAUUCAUUAGAAGAUAUACCUUUAACAUUAAAAAUAGUUCGUAGAAGAAAACUGGAGGACGAAGCAAAUGAUAUAUUCGAUUGUCUACUCAAAUUCCAUGGUGCAGUACACAUAUCCUCAGUAAAUUUAAUCGCAUGUACUGGAUCACUUUGCACAAUUGCCAAAUUGAGACCAUCAUUAAUGAAAAGUGUGGUUAAAGCAAUCGAGGAAUUACAUUCCAACCUACCACCUACUUUAACUGAUUCUCAAGUAAGCUCGGUACGAAAAAACCUUAAAAUGCAGCUUUUAAAUUUGUUAAAAAAUCGUGGUUCAUUUGAAAUGCAAGGAACAAUUAUAGCAUUACUUAAAGAUUUAGGUAGUUCACAGCAAGAAAUCAUAAAGGCUAUCCCAAAAAUGGAUAAACAAGAACAACAACGUCGAACCAAAAGAGCCUUAGAGAGCGCAACAAGUUCAGUUAGUAAAAAAUCUAAAAUUUCAAAACCUGUAGAAAAGCAACAAUCGCUUGAAAUCGACUAUGAAGUUAUUGCAGAGCAAAGAACAAAAGCUAUGAAAGUAAAUGAAAAAUAUAUUGUCGAGGCAUUAAAAAUUCCAGAGAACGUAGUUAAUUUAGUAAUAGCAUGCAUAAAACAUCUUCCUAAUGAAGCCCCAAGUCAGUUUAUUAAGGAAUAUAAACCUUUUGAUGGAUCAAGUCACUCUGAACAAAUUACCUAUGUAUCAAGAGCUUUAGCGGAAGCUAUGUCAGAUGCAAAAAUAGGACCUGGAUCUAGCUGUUUUUCGAAGGAAAUCCCAAUGAAGGUUGUAAAUAUUACAGAGGAUUCGUACAAUUUGGACGACGAAACUGGUAUUAUGGAGGUUGAUGAAGAGGAGACAACUAAUGAAGACUCACAAAAGAAAGACGAAGCAACGAAAAAAUUGAGGGAAACUAUGGAAAAACAAAAAGGAGAGCAAGCUAUGAUAGCUAGAAUGAAGCAAAGGGCAAAGGCGCUUAAAUUACAGGAAAUUACAAAACCAAUUUCGAGAGUAGAAAAAGAAAACUUUUUAAUAAAAGCUGUGAAACGCAUAUUAAAUUCAGAAGGACAUUGUACCAUUGGUGGCGUUGCUACAAAAAGACGUAAGAUAUUAACUGUAAUGGCAGCGACUUUCCCUGAUAAAGUUCGGGAAAUAAUUUUUAAUUUUAUAAUGGAAGACAUAAAGAACCGUUUGGAUCUUGGAUUUAGCUGGCUUUUUGAAGAAUAUUGUUUGUUUCAAGGAUUUACAAGACAUACUUAUGUUAAAUCAGAACAUAGACCUGAUUAUGCCUAUAAUCAAUUGAUGAUGCAUUUAAUUGAAGGGAUUUAUGAAAGUUGUGAUUUUAAGGACAAAGUAAAAUUACUAAGAAAGCUUUUUUUAGAAGCACCACUGUUACCAGAAGAUUCAGUUAACAUGUUAGUUGGAAUGUGUGAAGAGCCAGAGUUAGGACCACAUUGUUUAGAACUGAUGCGAGAUUUAACAAUUCGUCGUCCACCAAGAAAAUUGAAAUUUGUUAAAAUUCUUUUGAAUUAUUGUGUACACGAAAAUGUUGCGUUAAGAGAUAAAGCUAUAGAAAAUGUUGUUAACUUGUAUUCUGUUCACAAAGUUGUUACUGAUAAAAUACAAUUGUUUGCAAUACAAUUCCUAGAAUUUAUUGAAUGCGAGAAACCACCACCAUCAAUGUACGGGAAAGAGUUCGGUCGUUUGGAACCAGAUACAGCAUGGCAUGAGGAACUAACAAAAAUUUGUUUAGGGUUAUACUUAGCAAUUGUGCCGUAUAAUGAAGACCUUUUAAAAGAACUAGUUAAUGUUUAUAUACCAACAAGUCCAGAUUUAAAACGUACGAUACUGCGUUCAAUAGAUACAACAAUAAAAAAAAUCGGUCCAAAUUCUCCCAAACUUUUAGAAAUGAUAGAGGAAUGUCCAAAAGGAGCCGAAACACUAGUUACCAAAAUAAUUUAUAUUUUAACUGAACGUACUGCCCCCACAACUGAAUUAGUAAACAAAGUUCGUGAACUUUAUCAAAAUAAAGUUAACGAUGUUCGUUUAUUAAUACCAAUAAUAUCUGGACUUACUAAAAAAGAAAUAAUCAAUGCUUUACCCAAAUUUUUAAAAUUGAAUCCAGUUGUCGUUAAGGAAAUUUUUAAUCGCUUAUUAGGAAUUGGACCGGAAUUCUCUCAAUUUGAUAUGCCAAUAACACCUAGUGAGCUUUUAGUUGCGUUGCAUAACAUCGAAAAUUCAAAGUGUGAACUAAGACUUGUUAUGAAAGCAACUAGUAUAUGUUUAGAUGAAAAACAAAUUUAUACUCAAGAGAUAUUAGCAUCGUGUCUUCAACAAUUAGUUGAAAUUUAUCCAUUACCAACAUUAUUAAUGAGAACAAUGCUGCAAUCAUUAACUUUGUAUCCAAGACUAUCAAUGUUCAUAGUAAAUUUAUUACAACGUUUAAUAUUAAAGCAAGUUUGGAAAGUAAAAGUUAUUUGGGAUGGAUUUUUAAAGUGCUGUCAACGUUUAAAACCAGAUUCUUUUGGUGUACUCUUACAAUUACCAGGAACACAAUUAAUUUCAGCUCUUAAUGAAUGUCCAGAGCUUCGAACUCCAAUGUUGGAAUAUGCUGUAAAAGUUAGAGACACUCAAAGUGGUUAUGUGUCUCAGCAAGCUAUGGAUAUUUUAUUAGGAAAUACAUUGGAUUUAUUCGUUACCGAUGAAACUGGAGGAUAUAUGCAGCUUGAAAAUAUUAAGAAGGAAAAUAUAGACGUAGAACAGUAUGUUGUACCAAUAAUUUCAACUAAUACACUUCCUGUACCCAUUUCUCAAAUAAAACAAGAACCUGGAAAUCGUAUAAGUCAAUCUGGUGGGCAGCAACCUUUACCACCCGGCGAAGAAUAAUUUUCUUGUUUUUUUCAUAAACCUCUAUUGAUAGAAAAAAAAAACAAAUAAAUUUUAAACAAAAAAAUAUAUUAAUGCUUUUUUUUUAUUUAACAAUAGACAUACGUACUACAAAAGCAAUAAAG